AGCCCGGGCACUGCUCAGCUGGCGAGUCCCUGGCAGGCGCUGCAUUCAGGGCAGGAUACAGCCUCUAGCAGUAACGUGGUGGGGUCUAGUGGCUAGAGCGGGGUUGGGGGAGGGUUGGGAGCUAGGACUCCCCCCAGACUGCCUCUGGGAGGGAGGGUGGUCAAGCGGUUAGCCCGGGGAGCCGGGACUCCUGGGUUCUACCUCUGGCUCUUAGAGCUGGGGGCGUAUGUGCCAAAGACCUUCCAAGCGGGUACACGCCAUGCCAAGCCGCCCCCGCUCGACGCCUGGCUUCAGAGUGGGCUGCGAAAUCCCCGUUCCAUCGUGUUCAGCCUCCUUGCCAGAGCGCACCUGGGCAAGGGACGCCCGCUCAGCUUGACAGCAGCUGGCACGGAGCCCUGGGCCCUGCCCGCCCGGCAGGCGAGUCAGUCGGCUCCGAAUCCCGCCCCUUUCCCUGCUGAAGAGUCAGUCGUCAGGGCACCCGAAAAGUCAUUCGGUGCCAGUGCAACCAGGAGCACCUUGUUCCCCCGCGCCCGAGCGAGCGACAUGGAGAUCACCGCGGCCACGCUGCUUCUGCUGCUCCUCGGCCUCUCCUGCCUGGUCGUCCACCUCCGUGGGAAGGGCCAGCGGAAGAGGGGGUGUUUGCCCCCGGGCCCCCGCCCGCUGCCCCUGCUGGGGAACCUGCUGCAGCUCGAUACCAAGGACAUGGCCAAAUCCCUUCUCAUGCUAAGCGAGCGCUAUGGGCCCGUCUACACCCUCCACCUGGGCCCCCAGCGGAUGGUGGUGCUGUGCGGCUACCAGGCGGUGAAGGAGGCCCUGGUGGACCAGGCCGAGGCGUUCAGCGGGCGCGGGGAUCUGCCCGUGUUGUUCCGCUUAACCCAAGGAAACGGCAUCGCCCUGAGCAACGGGGAGAAGUGGAAAGUCCUGCGGAGAUUCGCCCUGCAGACGCUGCGGAACUUCGGCAUGGGCAAGCGGAGCCUGGAGGAGCGGAUCCAGCAGGAGGCGCAGUGCCUGGGGCAGGAACUCGCCCACACGCAAUCCGCGCCCUUCGACCCCACCUUCCUCAUCAGCCAGGCCGUCGCCAACGUCAUCUGCUCCAUCGUCUUCGGCGACCGCUUCGACUACCAGGAUGGGAGCUUCCUCACCUUGGUCGGCCUCAUCAACCAGAACGCCCAUCUGUACAGCUCCCCGUGGGGGCAGAUGUACAACAUCUUCCCCGGCCCCAUGUCCUGCCUGCCGGGGCCUCACAACAGGAUCUUCGAGAACUUCGAGCAACUGCGGCAAUUUGUGCUGGAGCGGGUGAAGAUGCACCAGGAAUCCUUUGACCCCAACUGCCCCCGUGACUUCAUCGACUGCUUCCUCCUCAAGAUGGAGCAGGAAAACCAGGACCCGCUGAGCUACUUCCACACGGAGACCCUGGUGAUGACCACGCACAAUCUGUUCUUUGCGGGCACGGAGACCGUCAGCACCACCCUGCGCUACGGCUUCCUGCUCCUCAUGAAGUACCCGGAGAUCCAGGCCAGGUCUCAGAGGUCACCAGCUCCAGACCGAGCGUGUCCCUGCUGCCUGCGUGACCAGCCGAGAUGUCAGGCUGCCCUGCCCCCCUCNGGCACCAACGUGCUCCCGCUGCUGUUCUCUGUCCACAACGACCCCGCCCAGUUCAAAGACCCGGCCACAUUCGACCCGGCCCAUUUCCUGGACCCGAGCGGAGGCUUCCGGAAGCAUGACGCCUUCAUGGCCUUCUCCGCAGGGAAGCGGGUGUGCCUGGGCGAGGGCUUGGCCCGCAUGGAGCUCUUCCUCUUGUUCACCACCGUCCUGCAGCGCUUCACCCUCACGCCCCUCGUCCGCCCGGAGGACAUCGACAUCUCGCCCCUGAUGAGUGGCCUGGGGAACAUGCCGCGCCCCUACGAGUUCCGGGCCGUCCCUCGCUGAGCGAGCCGCCGCCCCAUCCCGCCUCCACUGCCCCUUUCACGGCCUCGUGCCCUGCAGCCUUUGCACGCCGGAGACGAGUCCGCAGGCCUCGUCACUGGCAGGGUCUCCGGCUCCGGAGAUUUUACGGUGCCGCCUGGCCGUCUCCUCUCUUUUUAAAAUCCCCAGCUCCAGAUUCGUGAGCUUAGUUCAAGUCUUCAUUACAAUCAAAUACAAAUAAAAAUUGUCCAGCUCUGGGGGUGACAGAGAACAGUUUAGAAACUUGACUCGAGUAAAGAAACCAGAAGUAAAUAAAACGAACCCAGAUCCCAGCCAAUCCCGUGAGUUUCUUUGAGUCCUGAUCUGUUGAGCGCUCGGGGCCGGCUGGGUUGCUGUUAUUAACGUGACUAUCCACCGGGCACGGGUGGGGCAGAGCCGGGAAAGCUGCUGCCAGUUUUGCAUUUUGAGCGCAGAUAAAAGCCGCAACAACAAUCAGAGGGUUGGAAAAUCACCUUGCUGGGAGAGGCUUCGUAUCUCGGUCUGUUUAGUUCAUCGGGGUCUCGCCCGCAGCUUAUAAAUACAUUCACCAGGCCUAAUGGGCCCGUUAAGCUAGAGGAGAAAGGCACAACCAAUUCCUGGAAGUUAAAGUUAGACAAAUUCCAAUUCGAAAUAAGGCAGAAAUUUAGGGCACAAACUCCCUGGGGAAGUGGUGGAUUCUCCACCAUUGACAACUUUUACAUCAAGAUGGGAUGUUUUUCUGGAAGAUCUGCUCCAGCAAUUAUUUUUGGCCCAUUCUCUGAGCGGAUCAUUUCAUUAGACACAAGUUAGUGAGCUCCGUAAAGGUCAAAGGAACUGAUCGUAAUAGUCAUUAUUGGCCUUAAAAUCUAUGAAUCCCAGUUGUCCUGGGACAAUCCCCGUUUGCCACAGGAUGUCCCGGGAAUUUCUUUCAGGGCACCUGAAAAGUCCAAGUUUUCCAAUUCGUCCAUCCACAAGGUUUAGCCUUUGUAAUAACUACAAAAAACUCCUCUUGCUGCAUGGGGGCGAAUCUGCGUACAGCUUUACCGGAAACGAAGGAGCAUUCAGGGUAACGACCAGUGUCUGGAGCGAAGGCAGAAUCCGAGUGCAUCUCUUAGAGCUCAUUUGGUGGGGGUUUCUGGCUAGAUCUGAAAUUCUAGGGGGCUUUCUCAGGCUGCGUAGCGCAUGGCCCAGGAGGGAAGCAAACCGAUCCGGUGUCUUUCACCACGAGACGCGACAGCCAGAAGGAAGGUGGUGAAAAUGAACAUUUCUCUUGCUCUGCUUGCUCUCAAAAGGGCAGAAUUUGGCUCAAUUUAGCUACCGCAAAGCCAGGCUGUUUAUUUUAACUCACCAGGCCCCUGUGGGAGAAGGUUUAAAUACCUCCCACCCUGCCAGCCAACCCACGGGUAAGCUGACGAAAGGGGCUGUGUCUGUAACACCUUCCCUCCUGCUGUGAACGCAUCUCAGGAGCGCUUAGGUUGGUGAAAGACUGUUUUUGGGAUGAUGGGCGUUUUCAGCUCCCACUGAGAGAGCUGGGGCCAACGCAGAGCAGACGCCUGGCAGAGAAAAUCACGUGUUCAUUUAAGGGCCAACUCGAGACCCCUUAAAGGGCCCGGAUUUUCAUAGGGUGGACGUGCCGCACUUUCCAAAAAGUCUCUUUAAAGUGUCUCGGGCGCUGGCGCUUUGUCAGUUACUCUGAAAAACGUAGACUUCAGAGGUUAAGGGACCCGGGGCCAGAUCCCUGGCGGGUGUGAACCAGCGUGACUCCACUGACUCUGGUUCACAGCCGCUCAGUGUCGGCAAUCCUCGGGGGUUUCACAGGGAGGCGUGUGCUGUCUUAAAUCACCAGUCGCCUGAGUCAUGGGAUUCUGUGAGCUCAGCUUUUGUUUUGGUUUGGGUUUUUUUAAGCAUGUUUCUAGUCUUCACGGUGGCAGAGAAAAUGUGACCUGCAAAACCAGAAUCCAAAAUCUAUUCUAUACACAAAGCUCAUAAUUUCUGUUAAGCCAAUCUUGCAAUUUGUUUGUUUGGUUUGAUGGUACCAGCGUCAUGCUGUUUGAACCCUUUGAGUUUAGCACGACUGGAAAAAAAUUGAGUGGCAGGUGGGGCGUAGCUAACUGAGUCUGACCUCAACUCCACCUCUUUUCCUAGGGUCUAGUGUUUUUAAGCGCAGUGGAGUCCAACUGGGUUGGCUUGUCGGUGUUCACACGCUAUAAAUAUCCAAUAAUAAUCAACAAAUGGGGAAACUGAGGCAAAGAAGUGGGGGAGAGAAGCGACUGCCCAUGGUCACCCGGGAAGCCAGGGGCAGAACUGGGGUUAAAACCCAGGUCUCUUGAAUCCCACGUCAAUGCUUUAUCCACUAGGCAACACUGCCGCCCAUAACAAAACAUAUGCUUCAUGCGUAGGAUAUGAAUAAUUAGCUCCGCUAUUGCAAAGAGACAAUUAUAUAAGGAAUCAUGUCAUUACACACCUGUGCUUCGUUAAGCUGUUGCGUGACCCCUGCGAUACAGCCAAAAUGCCGAUGUAUACCCGGCCCUUUUCAAACAUGACUCAACGUCUUGGCUGGCUCCCUCUGAAAACCACUUGGGUCUGUUUGCCUCUUUUGCUCCUUUGUCCUGCUGACUGGCUCGUGCGGGCUGUGGGUGAACGUUAUGUAAGCUGUGUACUGUGUGCCUACUUCAAUAACACUCGUUUUAUAACGCCGGGUCGUUUUUCUCCGUCACCUGUGCUGCAGAAUUGCAGGCUCAUUGAUUUAAGCGGGGGGAAGACAGGUCACCAUGGGGGCAAAUAUAACCCAUCGGCUUCUGCAAGGUGGUAGAUUGAAUCGUGCACCUCCUAGUGAUGCUGGUAGAGUGGUCCCAUGUUUUAAAAAAUAGGAUUCAUUCAUUGUAUAGUUAACCUGGUUGAUUAAUGAAGAUGUGCUAUGGGAUGCGAAGCCAGAGGAUGUUACUGAGUCAGAUAGGCUCAUAUUUGUGAAUCACAAUAGCAGACGAAUGACAUCUUUUUUUAUACUCAUUGUAAAGUUAAUCAGUGGAACUCAUGGCCGCAGGAUACUGUUGAGGGAAACAGGUGACAGGAUAGGACGCUGUACUCUUCUAGACCAUUGCUGGAAUAAUAAUAAUAACCUAGUUCUUUUCAUCUGUAGCUCUCAACAUCUUUUACAAAGGAGGCUGGGAUCAGUAGCGCCAUUGUCCAGAUGGGGAAACUGAGUCACGGAACAGUGAAAUGAUUUGUCCCAGCCAGCAGAACUAGGACUAGAAUCCAUGUCUGUAGAAUAACAUCAUACUUUUUAUAAAGGAAGGCUAAUGACAGAUGUUCUUAUUGCCAGGACAGUCUAACUUCUCUAUUAAAAACAAAUCUAGCC